UAAUUUUCAACAACUUAUAUACAUCAGCAGGCAUGGUCCAACAACACCUAAUAAAAUAUUGAUAACAAAGUGAAGGCGUUUCUUGGGAGUUGGUAAUUGUAGUCAUCAACUUGUGUAAUUAUCAAACACGCAUCCUUAAUUUAUAAACUAUUUCUUAUUUCUCACCAAACGUUCAUCUUUUCUACUUUUCUUCUUCUUCUUCUUCUUUCUCAUGGCACCUCUAACGCAUCUAAUUGCUGUCCUCAAAGACAAGGUCUCUCAAAGCAGAGCUGCUAUGCUCUCCCACCCUAGAAAUCUAUCUCUUCACCUUGCUGUUUUACGCGUCACAACUCACGAUCCAUCCUCACCUCCCAAUCAAAAACACUUGACAUCCCUUCUAGAUUUCGGCCACAGCUCACGCGCCACCGCUUCCGCCGUCAUCGAGAUCCUCAUGGACCGUCUUCAGACCACUCGCGACGCGUCUGUGGCGGUCAAGUGUCUCUUCGCCGUUCAUCACAUCAUCAAAUUUGGAAGUUUUAUUCUGCAAGAUCAGCUCUCUGUUUACCCUUCCGCGGGCGGCAGAAACUACCUUAAACUAUCGAAUUUUAGAGACAAUACUACCCCUUUUACGUGGGAACUCUCUUCAUGGGUACGAUGGUACGCUCUUUAUCUUGAAUAUCUUUUGUCCACUUCCAGGAUUCUCGGUUUCUUUCUCGGUUCAAUUUCAGAGAAAGAUAUUAAUAAUGAAGAUAAAGUUUCGGCUCUUCUGAACAAAGAUUUGCUUAAAGAGAUUGAUUCGUUGGUGGGUUUGCUAGAAGAGAUAAGUGAAAGGCCAGAUUUGUCGGUCCUGCAUGGAAACAGAUUGGCUGAACUAGUUAUGGGACUAGUGGGUGAGGAUUAUUUGUCGGCAAUAAACGAGGUUUCGAUCCGAGUCAGUGAGUUUCGGGAGAGGCUGAGUUCAUUGAGUUUAGGUGACUCGGUUGAAUUGGUGUGUGCUAUGAAGAGAUUAGAGAAUUGUAAAGAGAGUUUAGAGGGGAUGUCGAAUAAAAAAGGGGCGAUGAUUGAAACUUUCUGGGGGAUAGUGAGUCAACUCAAGGAUGAGGUGGGGAAGGAGCAGAUGUAUAAAGAUGAGAGAUCAGUGAUUGCGAGUUUGGAAAGAAGAGAUAAAGUAAGUGAGUCAGCUCGGUUUGGGGACCGAGUUAUGAAGCAUAGUAGCCGGUCAGUUCGAUUUUCAUCAGGAAGAUUUGAAUUCAGUGGAGUUCCCGUUUUUUAGACUCCGUUCAAUCAUGUGUUUUCAGUUGAAAUUUAAUUAUUGGAAAUGCAAAUGUAGAAAUUUGGUUAUUUCUCGGGAUUUGACAGUGAGAGUGAUUUGUAAAUUAAACAGAGGUGCUGGUCACAUUCUCGUUUCUUUUUAACUUUAUAUUGUCUUGGUAUUAAAAAAGAGAAAAACAAUUGUAAGA